AUCAUCUCGGGGACGAUGAUCAUGUUGCGGAGGUGGGUCCUCACCGGCUGCGGCUUCUCCCCCGGCGUGGCCUCCCUCUUGGCCUUGCGGAGCUUCUUGAUCAGCGCCAUGGGCUUCCUCGUCAGCCCACGCUGGAACCUCCUCCGGGCCCGGGCCGUGAAGAGGGUCACCAGAUCGUCGGUCGACAUGUCGAGCAGCGCGUCCAGGUCCACGCCGCGGAAGCUGAAUUUCUUGAACGUUCGGUUCUUCUUCGCCGCCGCCCCCAUCUGGGCCGGGUUCACCAGAACCUCCUCCGACUCCAUUUCCGCCUGCAAAAGGUGAGCACCAUGAUUGCAGAUCUCGAAAGAAAAAAUAAAACCCUAAUCGGCUGGUGUCUUUUUUUUUUUUUUUUUUG